GCUAGCUGCGAGUCAUGUCUCUUUCAUCUUCUGUCGAGAAAUCCCCUCUCUUUUUCCCCCACCUUUUUAUGAUCUUGUACGAGGACUUGGCUAUUUCUUCACAAGGUUCCGACCGAAGUUUGUACAUGCAGAGGGAGUAUCAUUUUGACUUUUUCCGUCGGUCCGUUCGUAGACGGGCUCGGAAUGCGAAUAGAGUGACGGGAUGAUGGCAUUGCAGUGCGCGAGGCGACGCGUCUGUGGGAUUGGGCUUACUGAUACAUGGCUGUGCAGCAGGGGAGGGCGGAAGAGGUAGGAGUAGAUGCCGGCAGGCCUGCUCGCCCGCUGACAUUCGCGCCUCGCGCCUCGCGC